AUGAUCAUUGGAGUUGGCUUCCAAUUCUACAGCAACUUGUUCCAACUCAUUGAGCUCGCCGGCUUUGCCUUUUCCCUGAUUGCUGCUCUUGCUGUUCUGGGUCUUCUCUACCUUCGUUACAAGGACCCGGAUUUGAAAACCGACUUUCAGGUAUGAGUGGGGGUAUUUUAGUUAGGGCUGGCCGGAUAUCAUAAUCGGUGUGCUUCGUCUGAUCUUGACUGGUUCAAAGUGUUUUUGCAAAAUGCAGGGAUUUGACAAUGUGGCAUGUCAUGAACUGUUCCUUAUGAAGUAUACAGUGUAGUCCGCAUGCAUUAAAAAAAGUUUAUGAGCCUUGUACACCACUUUAAUAACAUGAAGGAAUUUAUUAUUCUUCUUACAUGAAAUGCAUGCAGCGGUGUCUUGAAAGACCUACACACAAGUGUGACGGUUACUCGUGUUAAAAAGUAUUCGAGAGUUUGUAAACAAUAAAACUGAAAGAUGCUUUUUAUUUGUGGACUUGAAAGAAGACAUACUUUUCAUUAAAAUGAGCCCAAGAUGAGGUACUUUGCCUGUUUUCUAUAAAACAUACUUGAAUGCAUGAGGUGUCCAAAAUUAACAUAAAAAUCGUACUACUUAGGUCUUUAUCUUUACUGCGUGUGGUUUACGUAAACGGCCGGAAAGAAGCGCGUUCAAAAGCCGGCCUUCUCGCUCGACUGAAAUAAUUUUGAAUUAUACUGCAGCACAACCAAUGCAACAAACCCACCUAAGUAAUCUUUCCAAAUCGAAAUUUCAGGAUUGCCAUCUAAAUUUCAUGAGAUACGCCACCUAUUGUAGUAGUUACAUGGAGACUCCUGGACGCAAGCGGGCUAACUGUAUUUUUGAACCCUGGCAGAAAGUUGUCUGUUUCCUAAUUUGUGGGCGUUUUAGACGUGAUUUUGGCCGUUGUUCUUAAUCCCAGUACUACUGUUUCGUUAACUCAUUUACAAGCUUUCUUACCACAGAUUAUUUUCUUUUUCAGCUGCCAAUCUUCUUUCCCAUUCUCUUUCUCUUCUGCGAUGUAUUCAUUCUCUGUCUGACCGCCUAUCAGCAGCCGAAGGAAUCCCUCUCAAAUAUUAUUCUCAUGUUAUCGGCCAUCCCCAUCUAUCUGGUCUUUGUCAGCUGGAAACGGAAACCUAGGAAAUUCACCGAUUUCAUGUGUAAGCACUGCCACUUCCACAUAUCUCUAGCUGAGGAUUAAGAGAACGUCCUGUCCUGUAUCUAUUUACAACCAGAAUAAGGUUGGGUUUUUUCUUUUGGUGUGUGUAGGCCAAACACUUUCGCGGCGGUUCAUCCACAGCAUCUUGACCCAACAACUAGGGGUAGUCUUUGCGAUCGCAAAAGCAGAUGGUUACAGGGCCUUGUGUGGCGACCUGAUGUGUUAACUUUUCUCUGCCGAGAUCUGCUACUACCACCGAACUAAUAUUCUUAAAAUGUAGUCAUGCUGGCUUUCUGGCCGUCUAACAAUGCUCAGCAGUGUAUGUGUGACACUGUAUCUUCUGUUUUUACUUUCAGACAAGUCGACUAUCUGCCUGCAAAAGGUCUUUGCCAGUGUGCCUGUUGAUGAUGUGGAGGAGGCCGAGGCCGAUGCCUAA